AUAUCAACUUCAUUCAGUAAAAAUAGCGGCACAGAAGCAGCAGCUGCUCAUGAGCACAGACGUCCAGCGACUGACCGACCGAACAAACCGUGCUGCUGCUGCUGGAGGAUCAGAGCUCACAGACACCCACACUCAUCUUCAUCAUCAUCAUCAUCAUCAUCAUCUGAGGAAUGGCUCUGGACUUUGUUGCAGGAUGCAUUGGAGGAGCCGCAGGUGUGCUGGUCAGACAUCCGUUUGAUACGGUCAAGGUGAGACUGCAGGUUCGGAGCGUGGACAAGCCCUUGUACCGCGGCACGUAUCACUGCUUCCAGUCCAUCGUCCGUCAGGAAUCAAUGUUGGGCCUCUAUAAGGGCAUCGGCUCGCCCAUGAUGGGCCUGACCUUCAUCAACGCCAUCGUCUUCGGCGUGCAGGGAAACGCCAUGCGCAUGUUGGGCGCGGAUACGCCUCAGCACCAGUACCUAGCGGGCGCGGCGGCCGGAUUCAUCCAGUGUGUGAUCUGCUGCCCGAUAGAGCUGGCCAAGACCCGCAUGCAGAUGCAGGGAACGGGCGAGAAGAGCGCCUCCAGGAAAAUCUACAGGAACUCUCUGGACUGCCUGAUCCGCAUCCACCGGAAGGAGGGAGUCCGAGGAAUAAACCGAGGAAUGGUGACCACCGUCAUCCGCGAGACGCCUGGAUUCGGUUUCUACUUCCUCGCCUAUGAUAAGCUGACGCGCGUAGGGGUUACACGCGCACUGGGCUGCGACGCAGACGCCGACUACAUCAUUCCCAAGCUGCUCCUGGCGGGCGGCAUGUCGGGAAUGGCGUCCUGGAUCUCUACUUAUCCCGUGGAUGUCAUCAAGUCCCGCCUACAGGCGGACAGAGUGGGCGGAGCCAACAGGUACGACGGCAUCCUGGACUGCGUCCGUCAGAGCUGGCGGCGGAAAGGAUGGAGAGCUUUCACUCGAGGCCUGACCUCGACUCUCUUGAGAGCGUUUCCCGUUAAUGCCACAACAUUCACCAACGUCACACUCUUCCUCAUGUACAUGCGCGAGAACGACGACAGCAUGAAGGACUGCGAACCCAUGCGGCCGAGCCUGCAGCACAGCAGCCUGUGACUU